CCAUGUGAUAGUCUUUUUAUAAAGACAGUAUCAAUGUCAGACCUGCUCUUCUCGAGCCGGUUGUGACGGAAAGUGGAAUAACCUUCCUACCUCUUCCAGCUUGAAACUACUUGGGACAACAUAAAAGAGAAAUAAGUUUAUUUUUGGACAAUUCUACAUUCAAAAGGCCUCGAGAAGAGGUGUUUGGGGAGCUAGCAGUCGACAGAAAUCAUGAAGUGGGGGUGGGUGUUUUUGGGUGUCUUCCUCUCUUUGYGGAGCCUGUCUUGGGCGGAGAAGGGCUUGGAGAUCCCUGAGUAUGAUGGCAAAGACCGAGUUCAUGCCCUCACAGCCAAAAAUUACAAGUCCAUCAUGAAGAAGUAUGACGUGAUGGUGAUCUACUACCAUAAAAACGUGGACGGGAAUCGAGGGGCUACGAAACAGUUUCAAAUAGAGGAGAUGGCUUUGGAGCUUGCGGCCCAAGUUCUGGAUGAACUUGAGGAUGAGGACAUCGGAUUCGGCCUGGUYGAUGAAAAGACGGCCUCUGCUGUUGCCAAGAAGCUGGGUCUGGAUGAAGUGGAGAGUAUCUACAUUUUUGCUGACAACGAGAUAAUUGAAUAUGACGGAGAGCUGGCUGCAGACACCAUUGUUGAGUUUCUCUAUGAUGUGAUUGAAGAACCUGUGGAGAUCAUCGACAAUGAACGUGAACUGAAGGGCUUCUAUAACUUGGAUGAUGUCAUCAGGCUGGUCGGCUACUUCAAGAGCGAGAAGUCCCCUCAUUAUAUCGAGUACGAUGACYCAGCUGAAGAGUUCCACCCUUUUGUCAAAUUCUACGCCACGUUUGAUCCAAAGAUUGCCAAGAAGUUAAAACUGAAGCUAAAUGAAGUUGAUUUCUACGAACCUUUCAUGAACGAACCUGUUACCAUUCCAGGAAAACCCUACAUUGAGUCUGAGCUUAUUGAGUACAUCGAACAGCACGACAGACCAACUCUGAGGAAACUGGAGCCCCACAGCAUGUAUGAAAUCUGGGAAGAUGACAUUGAUGGAGAGCACAUUGUUGCCUUUGCUGAGGAGGACGACCCAGAUGGUUUUGAAUUCCUAGAAAUCCUGAAGGAAGUAGCCCAGGACAACACAGAUGACCCUAACCUCAGCAUUAUCUGGAUCGACCCAGACAACUUCCCCCUGUUGGUUCCAUACUGGGAGAAAACAUUCGGUAUCGACCUAUCAUCUCCUCAGAUUGGUGUAGUUGAUGUCAAAGAUGCUGACAGCGUGUGGAUGGAAAUGGACGACCAGGAUGACAUGCCCUCAGCUGAUGAGCUCGAACAGUGGAUUGAAGAUGUUCUGUCUGGGAAAAUUGACCCAGAUGAUGAUGAUGAGGAAGAUGAUUUAGAUGAUGACGACGACGAUGAUGACGACGACGACGACGACGACGACGACGACGAUGAUGACGAUGAUGAUGAUGAAGAUGAAGAUGAUGACGAUGAUGAAGAUGACGAUGAUGACGAAUAAUGGUUAAACACUCUUUUUUUGUCACGUUGCUCUGAAAAGACAAAUUUCUUGUUUUCUCAGAUUGAACAUAGUCCUGGUGGGAAAUACUGUCAGGAAACAAGGAGGUUUUCUGUGAAGCCAGACAUUUUUUACCCUGAUGAUGAUGAUGAUGAUGAUGAUGAUGAUGAUGAUGAUGAUGAUGAUGAAGAUGAGAAGAGUUGGAGUCUAAAAAGAGAAAAUGUCCCCUGUUGCCGCUCUUUGACAAUAACAGUGAACGUGAAUCAGGCAAACAGAAGCCAAACUCCUAAACAUUUCAAAGUAAAGGUGCAGAACUUCAUUCAUCUUCUCUUGGUUUCCUGUUUUUCUGUUUCAUUUACAUGUUUUCRACUUGAUUAUCAGAAGAAACACUUUUCUGUACCAUUUUUAAAAAUAAUAAAUCUAAACUCACUGGACAGUCUUAAGAACAACACAAAUUGUGAAAAUAAAAUUGACAUUUUCUGUUU